CACGGAGUGUCAUGUGACACGCUCGGGUCACGUGAUGAGAUGACAGACAAAUAAAGUCCAAUUCAGCAGAGAACAGCGUUAUAUCCACUUCACCGGAUCUGUUUGUGCCUUGGUAUCUUCACUGGCCUCGUGAAAAUACGUGUUACAGCUCGAGAAAAUCGUACAUGGGUUUGCAUCUGAAAAUCUGAAGAGCAUUAGUUUUGUGGAUCAGCAAUCACACACAUAAUGGUGCGUGUGGGUGUCAUAGUGUUAUUAUGUGUGUGUCUGAAUGUGUGUGGCGCUCUGAUUUGUCCUGAUGGAGGGAUGUGUGAAGAUGGAAACACCUGCUGUCAAACUCCGGCAGGAGGAUACGGCUGCUGCCCGCUACCCAACGCAGAAUGCUGCUCCGAUCACUUGCAUUGCUGUUAUCAGGGCACUCUGUGCGACUUGGUACACUCCAAGUGUGUGAACAAGACACACAUUUUAGACUGGGUGGAAAAAGUUGCCACAAAGCAGCAAGCAGUUAUUUGUCCAGAUCAGGAGUCUGAGUGUCCUGACGAUACCACCUGCUGCCAGAUGCCUGAUGGGAGCUGGGGCUGCUGUCCUAUGAAAGAUGCUGUGUGCUGUGAAGAUAAGCAACACUGCUGUCCUCAGGGAACUAAAUGUGACCUCGAGCAUUCAAAGUGUGUGUCGGCAACAUACGGACCCUCCCCACUCUGGAGGAAGUUCGCUGCCCGUCGCAGGAAGCCAUCGGAGAGGAAACCAGUUGCUCCACCUAAAGACUCCAGUGAUAUUAGAGAUGUGAUCUGUCCAGAUAAGAUUUCCACUUGUCUGGAUGAUACAACAUGCUGUCAACUAGAUACCGGAAGUUACGGAUGCUGCCCGAUGCCAAAGGCUGUGUGUUGUUCUGAUCAUGUGCACUGCUGCCCAGAGGCCACGACUUGUGACAUUGCUCAUAGUAUGUGCGUGUCAGCCAAUGGCGUCAUGGUAAAAAUGGCCACUAAGAUCCCAGCCACUUCCCUGAAGCCUGAAGAAGUAGUUCCCUGUAAUGAAACGGUAGCGUGUGCUGGUGGUACCACCUGCUGUAAAACACAAGAAAGCACCUGGGCUUGUUGCCCUUUACCAAAGGCGGUAUGUUGUGAGGACCACAUUCACUGCUGUCCAGAGGACACGGUGUGUAACCUCGUGGCAGGCACCUGUGAUGACCCUGCUGACCUUUCAGUGUCUAUAUCCUGGAUGGCAAAGGUGCCCACUUUUCCAAUAGCUUCAUCCAAUCAGAAAUGUGAUGAGACGUCUUUGUGCCCCGAUGGUUCCACCUGCUGCAGACUCUCAUCUGGAAAAUGGGGCUGCUGCCCUCUGCCACAAGCAGUGUGCUGUGAGGAUCAUCUCCAUUGUUGUCCUCACAAUACUGUGUGUAAUCUGGCCGCCAGCACUUGUGACAGUGCCAACGAUCAGGGUCGUUUUUCUGUGCCUUUGGUGAAGAAGAUCGCCGCAGUGAGCCUGCCGUCACAGAACCAAAACUGUGACGACACUUCACUGUGUCCAACAGGAACAACCUGCUGUAAACUAACCUCGGGGUCAUGGGGCUGCUGUCCUAUGCCACAGGCUGUGUGCUGUGCCGAUCAGGAGCACUGCUGUCCUCAGGGAUGCAAGUGUGACUUGACUCACAAAACCUGUGUACGUCCUGGCCUUCCCAGCAUGCCCUGGUUCAGGAAACAGUCUGCACUAAAGCAGUCCGAUGAUCGUACUCCAGUGGACAGACACAUGUGUGACACUCACACCAGCUGUCCGAAAGACGACACAUGCUGCUUCAUGAACAACCUCGGCAAGUGGGGCUGCUGUCCGCUGCCAAAGGCGGUGUGUUGUAAGGAUGGAGAUCACUGCUGUCCUAACGGCUACACAUGUAAUGAGAAGAAAACAUCCUGCUCUAAAGCCUACCAUGAGAUCCCCUGGUUCACAAAACAAGAGGCCAGGGUCCUAAAGGGGUCCAAGGUGCUGUUUGGAGAUGAAGAUGUGAAGUGCGACUCGACGACCAGCUGUGCAUCUGGUACUACCUGUUGUAAAUUACCAACAGGGCAAUGGGGCUGUUGCCCGCUUGUCAAGGCGGUGUGUUGUGAGGAUCAUGAGCACUGCUGUCCACAGGGCUACACCUGCGACCUCGAGUUUGGAACCUGUGUUAAAGCAUUCGGUUUGCACAGUGUUCCUCUGACACGAUUACAGACACACACUGACACUCGUUCAGAAGAGGAGGUGCUGUGUGACGCAUCCACACGCUGCUCAAAGACACAGAGCUGCUGUAGACUAUCAGACUCCACAUGGGCCUGCUGCCCAUAUAAAGAGGCAGUCUGCUGUGAAGACAUGAAGCACUGUUGCCCUGUGGGAUACAAAUGUGACUCAGAAGUCCAAGGCUGCACUAAAGCCUCCACAUCCAUGUGGUGGGAGAAUGCUCUUUAAAUGAAGAACCAGAGACUGACACUGAACCACAUGCCCAUAACACGCAUAUAUAUCCAUACACACACACACACACACACACACACACACACACACACACACACAAGCUCUCAGACUUGCUACAUGCUGCAUAAAGUGUUGUUUUUAAGAUGCCCUGAUUGCCCUCCUCGGACAAGGGACUAUGGGUCAAGCUUUUUUUAAUGUUUAGUUUUUUACUGGGAUAAAAACGUGCUGAACCUUAUAUUUAGGCAGGAUACAUUGAGAGACUUUUUUUUUUUUGUUUGUUUUUUUUAGUUUUUGAUUUAAAUCAAUUUAUGUUAAAAGGAAACCAGGGCACAUUUCAAAUGCUAGUAAUUCACUUUAUAGGCUGAAGUUCAGUGUUAAAGACAUAUAGAGUGACUGUAGAAGUGAUUUUAGCAGAACUGAAAUUUGCCAAAAACAUCAAAGUGAUAAUUGGAGGCUAAAUGACACAUUAUAAUAUCAUAAAUGUUAGUAGGAUGUUGACUUCGAUAUAUUUUGAAUUAUAUUACCAUGAUUACAAUGACAUACACCAACCGUAAGUAAGAAAAGCUACUGAGAUUCAAAACUGAAUGUCAAAACUUUGUUUGCUUUUUUUUUUUUUUAAUUGUUCCAAGGUGUCUGUGUAUUCCUAAAAAUCUUUCAAAUGGCUGAAAGCAUUCAUAUUCAAAUUCAAGUGUCAUUCUCAACAUUUGCUAUAGGUGCUUUUGUGUUUUGUCUAUUUAUCUCAUUUUAAUAUUUACUGAAGGGUCAAAUUAAUCUAGAUGAUUACCUGUGACAGAAUGAGUUGUUGUUUUUUUUUUUUCUUCCUGUU